GAGAUGCCCCGUUAGCAAUGGGCAGACAAAAUUGGCAAUAUUGCCAGUAAUAUAAAUUUUUUAAGUUUAUAUCACCUGUCGAGAUGCCCCGUUAUAUAUUAAUAAAGUAUUGGUAGCAAAAUAUAUCCUUCGUACUCGAUCAAGUGAUUACAAAAACUGUAUAAAAAAAUGUUUUAAUAACAAUAAUGUUCUAUAGCAGUAUAGAAUAUACAUAAAUUUGUGUAUUUGAGAUUUGUUCAUUCAAUAAUUGGUGCCGACUUCUUAAUCUCUACAAUGCCGGUAGAUAUAAAUCGAUUAACAGAUGGUUGGCUGGAAUUAGAGUCUGACCCAGGAUUAUUUACCCUUCUUUUGGAAGAUUUCGGAGUAAAAAAUGUGCAAGUAGAAGAGGUUUAUGAUCUACAUAAACCAAUCGAUGGCCCGGUGUAUGGAUUUAUUUUUCUAUUUCGAUGGAUAGAAGAAAGACGAGCUAGAAGAAAAAUUGUUGAGGCCACUGCUGAGAUAUUUGUGAAAGAUGAAGAAGAAGUUUCAAGUAUAUUUUUUGCACAACAAGUAGUCCCAAACAGUUGUGCAACGCAUGCCUUAUUAUCUGUCCUUUUAAAUAGCAAUGACGACGACUUAAACCUUGGAACAACAUUAAGUCGUUUAAAAGCUCAUACAAAAGGAAUGUGUCCAGAAAACAAAGGAUUGGCUAUUGGCAAUACACCUGAAUUAGCUUGUGCUCAUAAUUCACAUGCAAUGCCUCAAGCAAAACGGCGCUUGGACAAAAGUUCUAUUUCCGGAGUAUCUACCGGACGUUGUACAGGAGAAGCAUUUCACUUCGUUAGUUAUGUUCCAAUUAGUGGGCACCUAUUUGAAUUAGAUGGAUUAAAACCUUAUCCAAUAGAUCAUGGGCCUUGGAAAGAUCACGAAGACUGGACAGAUAAAUUUCGUUGUAUUAUGGCUGAUCGAUUAGGAAUUGCUACGGGUGAACAAGAUAUACGAUUCAAUUUAAUGGCUGUUGUACCUGACCGUCGAAUUGCUAUUACACAUAAGUUAAAAAUGUUGCGAACAAACCAAGCUAUUGUUUCCGGGACGUUACAAAAGCUUUUAAAAACCAGCGAUCCAGAAUGCACAAAUACUCUUCAACUUGAUAUGAACACCCGUGGAACAGCUGAGUAUAAAAUAAGUUCACCACCAUCUCCUGUAUUAGAAACGAACGCAUUUACAAUAAGAGACUUACAAUCUUUAUUAAAAAAUCUGGAUGCAGAAAUUUCUAUUAGCGAACAACAACUGAAUGACGAAAAUGAUAAGAGAUAUAUGUUUAAGGU